GCAACUCCAGAGUCCCUCUUUACCUCGUUUCGCUAAAAAAAACCAUCGGUUAUUAUCAAUAAUCGUUCUGAGAUCAAUAUUCAUCUAUUUGCAUAUUCAAAUUCCUUCGGACGAUGGAAAGGACAGGCAGAUUGCUAAUCGAUGCUAACAAUAGCCGCAAAUAUUUUUUUCAAUCAUUAACUGUCGAUUAAUGAGAAAAUUAAUUUAACGUAUGAUUAUACAUGAGUUAUAGUAUUGAAAGGUCUAGGAAUCAGUGCAAUUUUUUUGAAGCUCAUUCCCACCUCGUAGUGUAAAACUGCUAUCGACGUUUAGAAGUACAAAUACAAGUAUUAAAUUGACACUUCUUCGUCAGCUAUUUCGUGCAUGUAACUAAUCCAGUUUAUUCAACUAUUAUAUGAGCAAAAAUAAACUAAAUGAAAUUUUCAAAAACAAAGAGACAUAUCCUAAUUAUAAGUGUUACAAAAUCUUGUCAACAACAUUUGAAAUAAUUUUUGUUCCACAAAGAGUUUAUCAGGGGUUUAUCAUUAGAAAAACUCUUGUGAAGAUCUUGAUAAUGUGAACAACCGAAUACUGAAAGCCAGCGUUCAACCGUGACUGCCCCCACUCUUGUAUUCAUACAAGUGGAAGAGGAACAUCGAGGGAGAAGAAAGGAGAAUGAAAAAGACAGACACAAACGGGAGGCAUGAUGACCGCUGUGUAGUGGUUUCAGUCUGGUCACCACCAAUGGUCUCACAACGUGAAAUUCUUUCCAACAUUAGUUGAUAAUCCGCAUCUGUACCACAGGUGACAAAUUUGAAAAAUGCAACCAGAAGAGGAGCUCUUCCAAUUGAACACUCUCCGCACCGAGAAUCCGAGCCUUUAUAAGAUCCUCCUAGAGAGCCUUCUCGCCAACCACUACGCCGUCUUCAAAAGUCUCCUACAAAAGGGCCUGCGUAAGCAUCCCCCAAGUAUCACCAUAGACUAUUGCUAUCCCUACCCCACCAACAAAACCCUCCUCGACGUAGCCAGCAGCGAAGGUCGCUUGGACUUUGUGAAACUCCUCCUCGACCUCGGUGCAUCCCCAAAUCGCAUAAACGAAUCCCACAACCGCGCCCCAAUUCACUUCGCCACCGAAUCGGGUCACCAUGACAUCAUCCUCGCCCUCCUCGAUGACCCAAGGACAAAUCCGAAUUUGGAGGUGGGUCGGGAAACUGCCCUUCACUUUGCGGUGAAAAAUAACGACAGUAAGUGUGCCAAGGUGUUGCUGGAGAAUAAUUCCAGUCCAAAUGUGCCAAACAACAGGGGAAUAACGCCCCUCCACUCCGCGGCAAAUGCCUCCAAUCGAGAAAUGGUGGAGAUAAUUCUGAAUCAUUCUCGACUCGCUCCGGACGUUGACACCUUUCGGGACUUUCGCAAGCGAUCAGCCAGAGAAAUCCUCAACGAGAAAUUUCCAGAUUUGUCACUUCCUCCGCCAGGUGAGAAGCCCGUGGACUUCAACACCCUGAGAUUCUACCUAGAUGCCAACGACGAGUACCACUUCCUCGAAAAGCUCAAGUCCCUGGAGGAGGAGGAGGAGGGAUCCCCAAGACUGGACGGUGAAGACAAACUGAUUGUAAUAGCAGCGGAGCGAAACCUAAAGGUCGCUGUCGGUGAGCUGCUGCGACGAAGGGAAGUUGGCAGUGUCCCUCGAGCAGCUCUGGAAGCAGUCGUGAGGAGGGGCCACCACGAUAUCCUCCAGGACUUCCUGAAGACAGGAGUUAAAAUAGAGAAUGAAGUGUUGAUGAUUGCCUGCCAGGAGCUAGGAGUUCCCUGCAGAUUCGGUAUCGAGCAGCAGUCGAGGAUAAAGUGCCUAAGGCUUCUCCUAGAGUACCCGGAUGUGCAAGUUCGAAUUGAAGAUGAAAAGGGCAACUCUCCUUUGCAUUAUGCGGCUAGAGCAGAAGAUCCGGAAGCGGUGGACCUUCUCCUGAAAGCCGGUAGCUUCAUAGGCCAUGCAAAUGCCUUCGGGGUACCCCCCAUUGCUCAUAUGUCUCCAAAAGUUCUAGAAGAUCACCUGGACUCGUGUUUACGAAGUAAAAGUGAUAAAACUGAUGAUUAUGAGAUUGAGUUCGAUUACAGAUGCCUCAUGCCACACACGGUGAUCAGCCACGAGGAAGCCACGCAAACUCUUCUACCGAAGCGUUCGCGAAUGAUGAGAAAACCGACGCACUCUGCGGAGAUGGAGACGUUGUCCUACAUGUCCAAGAAUUCUUCGUUGAAGCACCUUUUGAAGCACCCCAUCAUCUCCUCUUUUCUCCAUCUGAAGUGGCACAGGAUACAAUACAUUCUCUACGCCAACUUCGCUUUCUACGUAUUCUUCUACAUUUUCAUCAACUGCUACAUCCUUGUCCUGAACUAUAAGCCAGUCACCCCCGUGAACACGAGCGCCAAUGGCCUAAACUCAUCAAGAAUUGUCUUGAGGAGUGAAGAACAUCUGGACGGCCUCUGGAGUCUCACAGCAAUUUUCCUAAUAGGUCUAAUGAUCCGAGAAGUCCUUCAGAUGUUAUCUUCGCCCAAGCACUACAUCAUGAACUUCGAGAACUGCCUCGAGGUAAUUUUGAUAGCUCUGGCUGCUGCUGUUCUCGGUGGAGCUGGUAAACAGGUUGGGGCGCUUGUCAUUCUCCUGUCAGCGUGGGAGCUUGUCAUCCUUAUUGGACAACAUCUCAAAAUGUCCACAGGAAUCGAAAUGUUUAAGACUGUUACCUGGAACUUCCUGAAGUUUUUCUUUCUUUAUGCGUUUUUGAUUCUAGCUUUUGCACUGGCUUUUGUUACUCUCUUCAAGGACAUUGGGGAUGACAAUUUCUCAGAUCCUGGACACGCCCUUUUUAAGACUAUCAUCAUGCUUACUGGAGAAUUCGAUGCCUCUGAUAUUCCGUUUGUGUCUAGGCCUGGUUUGAGUCACGCCAUCUUUAUUCUCUUCGUAUUUCUGAUUGCAAUCGUUUUAUUCAAUCUCUUGAAUGGUCUCGCUGUCAGUGACACUGUUGACAUCCUCGGUAAGGCCGAGCUCGUGGGCCUCAUCUCCAGGACUGAACUUGUCGCUUAUGCAGAGAGUGUUGCUGUGGGUUCUAGGUUCAAGUCCAGGAGAUCGUGCUUUUCAUGUCCGAGAAAGGGGAUGGAUAUUUUGGGAUUUGUCAGCAGAACAUUAUUGCUAUUUCCGAGGUACUUGGUGCUUGGAAAACUCGGGGUCAAACCUUAUAGGGGGAAUGAGAUCACGUUUAAGGGCGUCCAGGACCCGAGAAGGAGCUGCAGGGGGCUGACGAUGGACUCUCUGAUUGUUAAUAGGGCGAGGGACAUUCUAAGGAAUAGAAGUAAAGUUAGUGAGCAUCAGACGCUGAUGGAGGAGUUGGAGAUCAUUAAGAGUUGCUUGAUGAGACUGGAGGGAAGCUUCAAAGCGGUGUUGAGGGCUGGUGAGGCGCCAGUAGAGGAAGAUACUGAUGGAAAUUGAACCUUGUUCAUGUGUUCUUUUAAUAACCAGUGAUAAACGAAAU